UGCGAAGAGUCCAGGGCUCCGUGGUUCAAACUGUGAAUAGACUGAAUAACUGGUACUCUACUUUCAUCAUCGAAUGAUGAACUGAGCCGAAGGGUUGAGCCACACUAGUGCGAUGUUCCAGUAAGAAGACGGAAAAAAGUAAUCAAAAUGGAGAAAUCGAACGAAUUGGAAAGACAAAGCAGUAUAUUUCGAGCAAGAUCGAAACAGAUAUCAGAAGCUGUCGGUCGUUCUCCUCUAUCAGAAAUAUCGGAUCCUCGGCGCUUGGAGUCUAUUCCCACAUCAGAUUGCCUUUUGUCACCAAGGAGUAACUAUAAGUAUGAUGAGAACAAUAAGCAGAAGUUUGAAGUAAUGAACGUCAAGAUUGUCAUUUAUGCAUUAAAUGGCCUUAUGUGUGAACAUCGRCCGGCGAAGAAGUCGAAAUUCGGAAAGAAGGAAACAACAUCGAGGCUAAAAAGUGAUACCAAAUUGUCAUCAUCGGAUAUAGCCAUGAGGCCGAACAAUAUGCAAAAACUAGACUUGACUACUGCUGUUGUUUCGUGCCAAAGGAAUGGAAUCAGUGAUCAGGUCUGUUCCGAGACAUAUUUGGCCAGUAUGCCUCUAGGGGAUCCGAUUGCUACCAGCCUAAACAGAGUUCGGUAUGCAGCUCUGUGGYCAUCAAAACAGUCAGCCUUGCAUAAAGAAGAUGGGGCGAUAGAACGAUCAGCUUUUCAAAUCAUUCGAUGUAUGAAACAAGCUGCAUUUACACCGGGAAUAGGGGCGGGGUCGAACUAUUGCCACGAGACAUUGGAGAUUGGAAUCAAUGUAAGCAGAGGGCWAGAGCGUAUUCAUCUAGGCACCGCAUUGAUUGUAAUUGAUGGUGAAGAAGAAGGUGAGGUGAUUAUGAAUGUACCAGCCACGCCAAUACUGUUGAAUAGCAAAAAGGUGAAGAAAAGGAAAAAUAAAUACGGAUACUUUUCAAAUGAUCCAUCCCGAAGAUUCUUUUUGGACAAAACCUCGGUGCUGAGAAUCGGGGUACAAGUCAUUCCAGAAGACGCAAUGCGAUUUGCUCGUGAAAAAGAGGAGAAGCGAAUACAAAAAGAAAGUGAACUGAACGAGUUGCUCGGAGAUGGUGAUUUCAUGGCAGGCUUACUCCUCAAGAUGGGCGAUGAUGAUAUUCAAAGAGAAGGAAAAAGUAUGAGUAACUGCCCAGUCAAUCCAGCAAAGAURACAACRGGUAUAAUGCCAGAUUGCAAAGCUCAGUCAAAUUCGAUUCUCCCUAAUCUUUUGUGUGGUAGUAUACCCAUCUCGUGGGUACCAAACUUUCUKAAGGGACCCGACACUGAACCAGAUGUUCCAAAAGAAAUUAGAACUGAUAACAAUAUUGAUCAAUUCACAAUACACUCAUUAAUGAGUUCAGUUUCUGAGUCAACUAAUGGCUCGGACCGCAUUUUUGAAGGUGAGUAAGGCAUUGCGAAGCGCAAAACACUUGUACCUCUCUAAAAUCGUCGCAUUAACGUCAAAUUAAAUUCCGCUGACUGAUUGACUUGAAUAUUUCGAAUCAUAGAAGUUGCCGGAGAAUUGUAGAACUAGCGAUAGAAACCAGAUUGAUGGUAUUGUAAAGGGUGAAAAUAAGUUAUCUUACUCCAG